AUGUCUGACCAGAAGGCAGAAGAACGCCUAGAAGGCAUCCCCUUUGUCGUCAGCGAAAUCAGAAAGUCAUUCUCCAAGCUCGUCCUCAAGACAGGCGGGAUAGACUCUGAAAUCAAGAGGUCAAUCAUCGACCAAGAACUGCGGUUCGUCGCAUGGGUGAGGGCCAACGAUGCCAACCGCGAUGCUAAAUCCUCCCCUCGAUCCCUGGAACACUGGCGCGGAUCCCGUCCCCGCGCAUACGGCGAGCUGUCCUAUUCACUUCUGAACGUCAAUAGACUUAUCGAGUGCAUCGAUCGACUAAUCGAAGAGCGUCUUGGCCCAGAUCAGAAGUCCGUGUUGGAUUUGUUUACGAAGCAGCUUAAAGACGCUUUGGAGGCUGUGGAGAAGCUUACUGUUGAUCACUAA